ACUACUCAGUAGACUAAAAAGGAAAAAAGGAAAAAAGGAAAGGAAAAUCUGAAAUCCAAUUCAUGAAGAUUUUUUUUGUGUUUCAGUAAGAACCCAAUUGAAAAAAAUUGAAAAUUGAAGUCGAUGAACAUCAAAAGCAACAAAAUUUGAUCAAAUUCAAACCCCACAAAGGCCAAUUUAUGAGCAGAAACUCAAAAGGGUUUUUUGUUUUUCCAUUUCCUUUUUUAUUAACUAAGAUUAGAAGAAGCAGAAUGUCAGUACAGCGCAGUUCAAGUGGGUCACAUGAACGACUCAAUAAUUUAUUCUUUAGUACGCUUUCUCUGCCUUCAAUUUCAUAAGAAUCUGUGACCCAAUUAUAUUUUUUCCCUCUUUCGCUUCCAUUUUUUCAUCUCUGGAAAAUUCAUGAUGAGGUUGCUUUGAAAUCAAUCAAAGAGUGGGUCGCUACCAGACCCAUUUCAAAUCCCGCAUUGCCGAGUUUCGGAUUACGAGGGCCGAUCUUCAAACUUUUUAGGAUUAUAAAAUGCUCGUGGUCGAACCUAAGGAAGAAGAAACUCAAACAGUCAAUUUCUUCUGGACCCACCAAGGGAUUCUUGACUGAGUUGCUUCAUUAUUUUGCGUAUGAACUGAAACUGAUACAAUUUAUUGCUUCUCUAUGAACAAGAAGAUGCUCCAACCUCUGAAAGAGUAUUCCAAGAAGAAGAACCAUAGUCUUGAAUGAUGGAUGAGAAAGAGGUUUCCAAUUUACGAACAUUCAUCUCUGAAGAGAAAAUUGAUAGUUUAUCUCCUAUGUAUUUCGGUGUCUCUUGCGCAUUCUUUGCUCUUCGACUCUUGUCAACCUCCGACUGCAAAGAUGAGAAAUGGUCUGAAGUUCGGGAAAAGAUGCUUCAAGGAAGCGCCCAACUCUUGGGAUUGCUAAUAUGGAGUGCUCAGAGGGAGGUGGAUAGGCAAAAGCCCAAUCUUCAUCAUAAGCUUGAGGCUGCUGAGAGAGAGAUAGGAGAGUUGAAAAGGAUCAGACAUGAAGAUGCUAAAGCUAAUGAAAAAGUUGUUUGCAUUUUUGCUGCUCAGGAGCAACGGUGGUUGAUUGAAAGGAAGAAACUUCGCCAACACAUUGGAGGUUUAAUGAACGAUGCAAGACUACUCGAAAAGAAGGAAGGAGUUAUCUCUGAACUGAAUGAAAAGUUGAAGGAGAUGGAGAUGACACUAGAGUCUAAGGAAAAACAGUUGGAGGAAGAGAUUAAAAAGGGAAGUGACUUAGAAGAAAGACUGUCGAAGGCCGAAAAUGUAGUAGAAGAAUUGAGAGAAACUGCUAAACGUGAGGCCCAAGAGCAUUCCUCUGAACUCUGGAAGCACAAAACAGCCUUCAUCGAGCUGGUCUCAAACCAAAGGCAACUGGAAGCUGAGAUGGCCCGAGCAGUUAGGCAAGUUGAAGCCUCAAAAGGAGAGCUUGAUUCAGUUUUAGAGCAAAAGGAGGAGUCCGUAAUGUUGGUUCAGAAACUAUCAGCCGAGAUUGUUAAAAUGCGCAAGGAUUUAGAACAGAAAGACAAGAUCUUGUCGGCAAUGCUGAGAAAAUCCAAGCUGGAUACAGCACAGAAGCAAAUGCUCCUUAAGGAGGUUAAGCUAUCCAAAGCUAGGAGGAAGCAAGCAGAACUAGAAGCUGAAAGGUGGAAGACAAUUUCAGAAUCAAGACAUGAAAGACAGUCGUUGAGAAGUAUGUUAUCCAAUCAGGCCAAUUCAGGAAACGAUGUUCCUACAAUUGCUGAGAACAAGCUUUCAAAUACAAGCGCCUUCUCAAAUACUGGGAAGACGAUAUCGAAGCCAACUGAUAUUUAUAUAGAUUACAAUCGUCCUGAAUCCAUUGAGUCGAAGAAUUUCCCUCCCCUUGCUGAAUCAGAAUGCCUUUCCCCUGAAAGAAAUGAUGACUCAGGGAGAAUGAUUGAUGUGAAGCAGAUGGAAGAGUUGGUAUGCUCUGAGGCAGAAAAAUAUGUAUUAAUGCUUCAGCAAAGGCAUGACCUAGAAAUAGAUGCGUUUGCAGAGCAAAUGGGGGUGAAAGAUGAAAAAUUAGAAGUUUUUCACUGGCAGAUGCUCAACUUGGAACUCGAGUCAAAACGGCUACAGUCACAUCUUUCUGGGCAGAAUCAAGAGAUUUUGCAGCUUAGGCAUGAGAAUAUGAAAUUAAAAGCUCUGUCAAUGGAGAGAGAGGAGGAAUUAGCUUCCUUGAAAGACCAACUGGCAUCACAGUUCAACGCUCAAAGGUACCAAUCUCCAAAAUGGGUGCCAGAUGAAAACAAUGGCACGUGGUCUGAAGUCAAGAUUAUAAAGAUAAAACCAGGAGAAGAGCAACAAAGAAAUAAAGAUUCUGUUGGAACAAUAAGGGAGGAUGCUGUUGAGAGAGAAGAGACUGCUCCCUCAAACCCCGUUGAGGACAGAAAUCCAUCUAUACAAUCUCCAGGUACAGAAUUUGAAGAUGAAAAAGAAAUUCCUUGUCACAGUCCUAUUCAAGAAGCAAGCCCAAACAUUCCACAGGGAGUUGAUAAUGCCGAAUCGUUGGCAUCGAUCGGGCAGCAGUUUGGAAGAACUUACAGUGCUCAAUGGAGGAUGGAUAUUCAUGCUCUAGGAGUGUCUUACAAAAUCAAAAGACUGAAGCAGCAAUUUCUUCUACUUGAGAGGCUCGUUGGAAAACAAGAAACUGCUCGGAAUUCCGAAAAUGAGGAUAAUGGACAAGUUGGCAUUAGAGAAUUUCUUUUGUUUCUGACACUGCUGAAUAAACAAGUGGGCAGAUAUAAUUCUCUGCAGGAGAAAACUGAUGAACUCUGCCAAAGGAUGCAUGAUUAUGAAGCAAGUGUAAAAUGUGGAGAGUCUAAAGUAGUUAGAACGAAAGGGAAAACCAAAGCGCUAGAGAACUUCCUUGAACAGACAUUUCAACUACAAAGAUACGUCGUCUUAACAGGCCAAAAAUGGAUGGAAAUUCAAUCCAAGAUUAGCCUGGAGUUCGCCAAGGUUUCUGAUGAACUUCAAAAGUCCGGUAGCUUUGAUGUCACGCGCUUUGCCAGUAGUAUUAGAACUCUCUUCCAAGAAGUUCAAAGAGGUCUAGAAGUUCGAAUAACUCGAAUUAUCGGAGAUUUAGAAGGAACCUUGGCGUGCGAGGGUAUGAUUUGUCUAAGUAGAUAGUUGUGAAACCUUACUCAACAAAAUUGAAUAAUCAUGUAUGAUUCUGUGUGUCCUAUUUCUUGAUUUGUAUAGAGAAAUUAGUAAGAAUGGCCCUCGAGUGUAAUGAAAUUUCCAUAAGUUUGUUGACAUUUCCUCAAAUCAACCUGAAAUGAUAACCAUGUGAGAAAAUCCUACUCCCAUUUUAAA